AACAACAAAAAUGCCGGGAACUUCAGGUGUGGCGGUUGCUGCCGAAGCUUAGAGGAAAACAUUCAUGGAAGAGACGUUUUCUGGUAUAUUUAGAACUGGUUGAAAUAUUUUCAGUUUCUCCGACUGUUAAUGUCAACCGUAAAAUUCAACAUGGACGAAUAUGACGAGAUGUUCGAGAUUGAAGACCACUUUGAGGAGCAGUUUGCCGACGAGCUGGAAGUGUUGGCUGAGAUGGAGGAGAAAACCUGCAAACCGGCGAAACGUCAGAAACAAAGCACAGGAGACGACAUUUCCGACAUCGAACACCUACUGGAUGAUAAACCAAUCACUCCAAAGUCUACGCGGCAGAAGAAGGAAAUGGGUGUGGUCAAGAGGCUUUUUAAUGCAGCAGAAAGUCAGGAGAGGAAAGUCCCAUCGCAGCAUGACGACAUCACACCACCUUCCUCUCCUGAGCAUUAUGAGCCAUCGGAUGCUGUGAGGUCCACUCCAGUUGUGUUGGACAUCAGCGGCUUUGCUGAAAUCCCGGAGACUCCCGGGCGACAUCCCAUCACAGGUUCACCAUCAUCCCUGCAUGUGCUGAAGCGACCUCCUUUGGAGGGAGACUACAUCAGCGUGACGGACUCCUCAGGGAAUCGGGUUUAUCUCAGACAGAAAGAGGACACAGAUACAAAGAUAACUGAGUCCAGACUCAUACCAAACUCCUACGGUGCCCUGGGGCUGCUGGCGGUUCCGAUAGGAGUUUUGAGGACACAGGAAGCUGAGCGGCGCCACCAGCAGGUUGUUGAGGAAUCCCAACGUCUUACAGAGCUACUGGACAGCAGUGUGAACGGCGUCUCUGCUGAGUUUGAGAACGCAGAAGAUGAGAACGCGGACCCUGAAGACGCAGAGGGACGGGCUUCUCGACUGUGGGUGGACAGGUUCUCUCCUCGCCAUUACACCGAGCUCCUAAGUGAUGACUUUACCAACCGCUGUCUGCUAAAGUGGCUGAAGCUGUGGGACACCGUGGUGUUCGGACGAGAGAGGAAGUCCCGCCCUGCGUUCUCCGACAGGCAGACCGGCGGGCAGAAGUCUUUCAAACCCAACCAGGGAAAUCAGAAUCCGAAUCGCUUCAAGAGUAAGAUCGAGAUGACUGAGGAGCUCCUGGAGGCUGAACUGGACCAGUACAAACGACCCAAAUUCAAGGUGGCAUUACUGUCCGGUCCUCCCGGUUUAGGGAAGACAACCUUGGCUCAUGUCAUAGCAAAGCAUGCUGGGUAUAAUGUGGUAGAGAUCAACGCCAGUGACGAUCGCAGCGCAGAGGUCUUCCAGAAACGCAUCGACACGGCAACGCAGAUGAAGUCCGUUCUAGGAGCCAGUGAGAGGCCCAACUGUCUCAUUAUCGACGAGAUCGACGGAGCACCUGCGGCAGCCAUCAACAUCCUGCUGGCGGUUCUGAACCGGAAAGACGGGCCUGCCGGAGAGGCCGGAGCAGAGGCUGCAAAGAAGAAGAAGAAGAAGGAGUCCAUGCUGCUUCGGCCAAUCAUCUGCAUCUGUAACGACCUCUACGCUCCAGCUCUCAGACCUCUCAGGCAGCAGGCCUUCCUCCUGGCUUUCCCACAAACCCAACCCUCUCGUCUCACACAAAGACUUGCCGAGAUCUCAGUGCAGCAGGGGCUGAAGGCAGACUCGGCUGCUCUGAUGUCGCUGUGUGAGAAGACCGACAAUGACAUCCGCUCCUGCAUCAACACACUGCAGUUCCUCCACAGUCGAGGCCUCAAGCAGCUGGACGCCAGAACCAUUCAGAGCGUCUCUGUUGGGCAGAAAGACCAGAAUAAAGGCUUGUUCCACCUGUGGCAGGAGAUCUUCCAGUUACCGCGUACUAAACGGAAACGUGUCGGUGAGGGAUUCGAUGAGGCUCCCGGUUCAGGAAGUGGAGCUCAAAGGUUCCAGAAUGUUUUACACCUCGCAUCGUCCAGCGGAGAAUACGAGAAGGUGUCUCAGGGCUUGUAUGAUAACUACCUGUCCAUGCGAGUGAGGGAUCCCAACCUGCAGGGCACGUGUGAGGCUCUGGACUGGCUGACGUUCUCCGACAGGCUGAAUCAAGUGAUCUUGCACGGACAGAACUUCUCUCUGAUGAAAUACCUGCCUUUCCUGUCUGUGGCCUUUCACUUCCUGUUCGCUCACACAAACGUGCCUCGCAUCAGUUAUCCUCACAGCCAUCACGAGGCCUCGUCCCGCCUCCUCGGCUGCAGGAAUGCUUUGUCCGCCAUGUUGGCUGACAUCCCAGCAAGCGUCCGAGCGAGGGUCAGCCAACUCAGUUUGAGCCUCGACGUACUCAGCCUGCUCCUGGACAUCAUCUGUCCCAAACUACGGCCUGUGAACCCGCAGCUGUUCAGCAGCAGGGAGAAGGAGCAGAUGCACGAGCUGAUCGACACCAUGCUGGCCUACAACCUUUCAUAUAGGCAGGACCGCACACCUGAGGGGCAGUACAUAUACGUGCUGGAGCCACGCGUCGAGGAGGUAGCGAGGUUUCCAGGCCUGCCGCCACGCCGGCAGCUGACGUAUCAGGCCAAACAGACCAUCAGCAGGGAGAUGGAGCAGGAGAAGAUGAGGAGAGCGGAGCAGACGAUGCUGCAGAGAAAUCCUGCUGCUGCAGCGAAAGAAGAGGAAAAGAAGAGCGCAGGUCCAAAACCGACCAGGAACCAUCAGCAGAGGUUGGAGAACAUCGUCAAACAGACCAUAGUGGAGAUGAGGCCUGAAGUGGACUUCUUUGGUCGAGCUGUUGCCCCCAGACCUCAGAGAGCAGAGCCGUCCUCGGACACGGGAGAGAAAUGUGCAGUUCUUGCAAUGGGAACGGCAGUGGGGAACAGCGACGUGUGGUUCCGCUUCAACGAGGGCAUGUCCAACGCCGUCCGACGGAACGUUUACAUCCGAGAGCUACUGUAACACACAUGAACACACACUCUUCUCUGUAUAUUUGUUGUUUCCAUGUUGUAUAAAUGCAUCCAGAUCAACCUGAAACAUUGUUCUUUGUUCAAAACAGUCUUUAUUUGGAUUGACAGUGUAAAGAGCCAAUAAAAAGAACAUUGCUCAAACUUGUAGAAAGCUACUCAGUGAUUUACACUCACACACACACACACACACACACACACACACACACACACACACACACACAC